ACACGAAGUGCCUUUACGUUCUACUCAGACGCAGCGUCCGUUGGCAGACAGUGGUCUUUCGACUCCGUGACAUAAUUCAGCCUGCCGCUCUCUUGGGGACAGUUGUCUCUCGCGCAUAGGUGCAUCACCACACAGAAAAGGAUUUUGCUCUCCCGGAAUUUGGAAUUUUAUAAGAGGGUACUGUGAAGAAGUGCCGACUGCUUGUCAAUAACCACCAACAGUGGACUGUAAUACCGAGUUGCCUGUGUAUGUGUGGAAGGGAUAUUUCAGACGGACAGAAGAUGCCUGCCGAUAUGAUGGAAAAAAACUCAUCCUCUCCGGUUGCUGCUACCCCAGCCAGCAUGAACACGACACCCGAUAAACCCAAGACGGCUUCCGAGCACAGGAAGUCAUCCAAACCUAUCAUGGAGAAAAGGAGAAGAGCCAGAAUCAACGAAAGCUUGGGACAGUUAAAAACACUUAUCCUGGACGCGCUCAAAAAAGAUAGCUCUAGACACUCAAAACUUGAAAAGGCAGACAUCCUGGAGAUGACGGUGAAACAUCUCCGGAACCUCCAGAGAGCGCAAAUGACUGCUGCUUUGAACACGGAUCCCACCGUGCUGGGGAAAUACAGAGCCGGAUUCAACGAGUGCACGAAUGAAGUCACCCGGUUCCUAUCCACCUGCGAGGGGGUAAACACCGAGGUCAGAACGCGGCUUCUCGGACACUUGGCCAGUUGCAUGACGCAGAUCAACGCUAUGAACUACCCCACACAGCACCAGAUUUCAGCCGGGCCUCCCCACCCCUCCUUCGGCCAGUCCAUGGUACAGAUGCCCAACUCAUCUCCGCAAGGCAACGUGAUGCCCCUGCCUUGUAAAGGUGGCUCUCCCCAGAGCAUGUCACCAGAAGCCACUAAAGUAUACGGCGGUUUCCAGCUCGUACCUGCCUCAGACGGACAAUUCGCCUUCCUCAUCCCCAACGCAGCUUUUGCACCCAACGGUCCGGUUAUCCCCGUGUAUGCGAACCAGGUCAACACGCCUGUUCCAGCGGCGGUGUCCCCCGGUGCACCAACAGGCAACUCGGACUCAGUGUGGCGACCCUGGUAGAGCAAAAAAAAAGGACAUAUUGAAAAUAAUUUUCUAAUGACACUCAGUUCGAUCAAUGUUCAAUGUUACAAAACAGUUGUUUUGAUUUCGUUUUUGUACUUUCAAUGCGUUAAGAUGAAAAGAUGCACUAUAUUUGUAUAGUUUAUGAGGGAGUGAAGUUCAUAUUGGAAAGAGAUUUGUAUCGUUGAAGUCUUUUCACUGCAUUUUAUAUUCGAGGUGUCUUUUUUUUACUGUGUGAUGCCAAAGAUAUGUUGAAUGCCCUUGACGUAAUUCUUCGUUUUUACGACAUACGUCGUAUUUACGUAAUUCUUCGUUCUGGAAGACAAAUAAAUGUGUAAAGAUAUUGAAAAACAUCUGCUCUGAUUUUCUCCACAGAAACCUGAUCACCAAAUAAUGGCCUACCUAAUUCUUAACUUUUGCUUUGAGCUGUGUAGGGAAGAUACACUUGAGAAUAAUGAGUUAGACAUUCUAUAAGAGAAAAUGGCUGUCAUAUUCUACCAAUAUUUUUGCGCAAAAGUCAUAUUUGAUAUUGAGUUGUGCAUAAUUGGCAGACGAAAAUCGUUUAUAUUCUGCUGCGCGCAAAACCCAUGCACAUUCAAGCAUAUGUAAACUAAACACAGCCACUUGUUGCUCCAGGAAUGGAUCACAAUUUAGUCUUAUGUUGCGUAAAAGUAGAUCAUUUUUCUCACCAACACUUGCUUACAAGUUUCAUAGACUAUGAAGUGGGGCAUUUCAUUUUAUACACGAAGAUUUUGCGUAAAAUGCCAUCGCACAAAGACCGUUGCUUCUGGCUUCUUUCAACGAGAAACGUGCCUGAUAUGAACCAGAGUUGACCAGGUGCAUCCGAAUCCAGGUGUUGCUCGGUGAGAUGUGAGACAGGAGAGGAGAGGAGAGGAGAGGAGAGGGGGAAACAACACUGAAUAUGUGUGAAAUAAUGAGGCCCUUUAGGCCUGAAAGGGAUACCAGUUUGACAAGAAUUAUAUUCCUAAAAGUUACUUUCGAUAACAUUUAUCAAAGAUCACAUAUAUCCAAGAUAAUAUGGACGUUUUUGUCCUUGAGUAAUUGUUUUUGUAGGCUAACAUUUAAUUAGUUAUAUCAACAUCUCUCCCGCUGUUACUGUCAUAAGUGGCCAAUGAACCUUGAAUAAAAAAUGUAUUGUUAUUUUAA